AUGGAGGGUGCAAGGCCAGGAAACAGCAGCAGCAGCAGCAGCAGCAGCAGCAGGAACAGGCUGGAGCAGCGGGCGACCCAGGGCGUGAGGACCUACACUUGUGACCACUGCGGCAAAGUGUGCUCCACCAAGGCUGCCAUUGCCAGACACGUCCUCUCCCAUGCCAGCAAGACAAGGCUGAGAGGCAGGAGUGGCCCCGCUGAACACACUGCCACCCACACUGGUGGCAGGAACCACAAGUGUGACCUCUGCGGGAAGACAUUUGUCCGGAAGAGUCAUCUUGACAGACACAUCCUCACCCACACUGGGGAGAGAAAGUUCCAGUGCCUGGAGUGUGGCAAAAGAUUUAUCCACAAAAGUUAUCUUAGCACACACAUCCUCACCCACACUGGGGAGAGAAAGUUCCAGUGCCUGGAUUCCCUUAAGAAACACAUCCUCACCCACACUGGGGAGAGAAAGUUCCAGUGCCUAGAGUGUGGCAAAAGAUUUACCCAGAAAAGUAAUCUUAACACACACAUCCUCACCCACACUGGGGAGAGAAAGUUCCAGUGCCUGGAGUGUGGCAAAAGAUUUAUCCACAAAAGUAAUCUUAACACACACAUCCUCACCCACACUGGGGAGAGAAAGUUCCAGUGCCUGGAGUGUGGCAAAAGAUUUAUUGAGAAAAGUUCCCUUAACAAACACAUCCUCACCCACACUGGGGAGAGAAAGUUCCAGUGCCUGGAGUGUGAAGAAGAGAAAACAGGCAAAAUCAUAGAUAUUGCAGUCCCCGGUGACUCCGGCCUCAGUAGAGCUGAAAGGCACACCAACACUGCCACACUCCCUGCACGCCCACAGGCAGCAGACGAGCCGCAAGGUGCCAGUGACAGGACUCCCUCCGUGCAUCCCUCUUGCAGCCCCAGGCUUCCUGCAGGACCGGACGCAGCCAGGAGCAGCGUUGCAAUGGAGGGUGCAAGGCCAGGAAACAGCAGCAGCAGCAGCAGCAGGAACAGGCUGGAGCAGCGGGCGACCCAGGGCGUGAGGACCUACACUUGUGACCACUGCGGCAAAGUGUGCUCCACCAAGGCUGCCAUUGCCAGACACGUCCUCUCCCAUGCCAGCAAGACAAGGCUGAGAGGCAGGAGUGGCCCCGCUGAACACACUGCCACCCACACUGGUGGCAGGAACCACAAGUGUGACCUCUGCGGGAAGACAUUUGUCUGGAAGAGUCAUCUUGACCGACACAUCCUCACCCACACUGGGGAGAGAAAGUUCCAGUGCCUGGAGUGUGGCAAAAGAUUUAUUGAGAAAAGUUCCCUUAAGAAACACAUCCUCACCCACACUGGGGAGAGAAAGUUCCAGUGCCUGGAGUGUGGCAAAAGAUUUAUUGAGAAAAGUUCCCUUAAGAAACACAUCCUCACCCACACUGGGGAGACAAAGUUCCAGUGCCUGGAGUGUGGCAAAAGAUUUAUCCACAAAAGUUAUCUUAACACACACAUCCUCACCCACACUGGGCAGAGAAAGUUCCAGUGCCUGGAGUGUGGCAAAAGAUUUAUCACCAAAAGUAAUCUUAACACACACAUCCUCACCCACACUGGGGAGAAAAAGUUCCAGUGCCUGGAGUGUGGCAAAAGAUUUACCCAGAAAGAUGAUCUUAACAAACACAUCCUCACCCACACUGGGGAGAAAAAGUUCCAGUGCCUGGAGUGUGGCAAAAGAUUUAUCCAGAAAGGUGAUCUUAACACACACAUCCUCACCCACACUGGGGAGAAAAAGUUCCAGUGCCUGGAGUGUGGCAAAAGAUUUAUUGAGAAAAGUUCCCUUAAGAAACACAUCCUCACCCACACUGGGGAGAGAAAGUUCCAGUGCCUGGAGUGUGGCAAAAGAUUUACCCACAAAAGUUAUCUUAACACACACAUCCUCACCCACACUGGGGAGAGAAAGUUCCAGUGCCUGGAGUGUGGGAAAGGGUUUACCCAGAAGGGUUCCCUUGACAGACACAUCCACACCCACACUGGAAAGAAGAAGAGAAAACAGGCAAAAUCAUAGAUGUUGCAGUCCCCGGUGACUCCGGCCUCAGUAGAGCUGAAAGGCACAAAACUACAAAACGUCACGACCUAAAAAGUGACCAAGAACAACAUGGUCACCGACGGACACCGGUGUGACACCAGUGAGAGAAGCUGCAGCAGAGGAUCACCCAUCAAAGAGAAGAAAUCUGGCAGAUAACAAGCUUCCUGCAAGACCAAAACCACACAAGGAACCUCCUCAAGAAAACAGACAGAAUGACAGCAAGGCGCAGCGCAGGCAGCGGCCGGCCGGCCGGGCGGGAGACCGGCAGGGAGGGGCCGAGCCCCGGCCGAAGCCUUGGCACCACAGAUGAGGACAAAGACAGGAAAAUAAAGGCCAGAAAGAUGAAGAGGCAGCUUGCAGAAAAGCCAGGGGUGGUGUGCAGGCACGUGGCAAAGACCUCAACAGAAGUACAAGACCCGGCCGAGGGAUGCUGCAGGCCACUGCUGCUGGAAGACCCCACGCAGCACCAGGCAGCCCCGGGGAUACAGACCACCACGGUUAAACACACAAGUAAACAACAACAAUGCCAGCCGUUCAGCUUACACAGGAAGGUCUGCUGGCCACAAGACUACUGCCACAAACCAGCUGGCAAUACCACCAGUGACUUGUGGGUGUGGUGUGGUGUGGUGUGGUGACUGGCCACAAGACUACUGCCACAAACCAGCUGGCUAUACCACCAGUGACUUGUGGGUGUGGUGUGGUGUGGUGUGGUGACUGGCUCAAAGGUUUAUCCUGAAAUGUGAUCUUGACACACCUGCUCACCCACACUGGGGAAAGGAAGUGCAGCAGGUGUGGUGUUUGUGGCUGUGCUCAUCACUUUUUUCUUUAUUUUUUAGCUUCUUGAUCAAUAAAGUGUUGUCAGCCUUGUACACACAGCUUUGGUUCACUUGCACAAGGUUUUGGGGGCUCGGGGGUGUUCCUAAGGGGGGCACUAACUGUCCAGGGGUGUUCCUGCUUGUUUCUGUCUCUCUGUGUCUCUGGUUUUGGUGUCUCCCUCCCAAACAUUAUUUUCACAACAAGCCACAAACCAACAUCCCUUCAUUAACACUUAGAUACCUUAACUUAACUCACCCACAAAACUCCCACAAACUGACUAACUUGUUUUUUCUUGAUUGUUUGUUGAUUUUAUUUAUUUUAUUGAUGUUUUUUUUAUUUGAAAGUAGCCAUAUUCUUAAGGUUUUUAUGGUUCUGUUUAUUAUUGUUUGGGCUGUCCUGUGUUUGUGAUUGCUGGACUCAUAUAGAAAUGGGUAGUUUUAUUGAAGGGGUGAAACAAUGACAAUACUGCCUGGCUCUUGCACUAGUGAGGUGGACAGAAUAGGGAUGAGAAUAAAGAGAAAUUGUCAUAGGAAAUACAAACUGGCAGACUUUAGAGUGUAACAGUGAAGGGGUUGAAAAAGUGGAGGUACUGUUUAGCUCUUGCACUAGUGGGGUGGACAGAAUAGGAGAGGAUUCUUAAAAGUUUGGCAUUGUUAGCUUGAAAGAUUAUACUUGAAAGAUUAUUUAUUACAUGUUGAAAGGACAGAAUAAGGAUGAAAAUAUAUAGAAAGUCUUGUGAAGAUACUGGUUAACUCUUGUACUAGUGAGGUAGACAGAAUAGGAGGCCAUUCUAACAAGUUUGCCAGUGUUAGUUUGAAAGGCGAUACUUCAAAAAAAGACUUGUUACAUAUUUAAAGGACAGAAUAGGGGUGAAAAUAAAUGAGAAGUAGAAAGUCUUGUUACCAGGGGGACAUGAGAAAAAUUUUGGCAGUGUUAAUGUGUUUGUUACCGACUUUUUUCACCUCGCAUCACCUCUGUCUCUCUCCUGAACCUCUAAAAAAAUAUGUAUAAUGCAUUUAGACAAGUUAGGAAGGAGGUUAAGAGAGAGAGGUGAGAUGAAGUGAGAAUAUUCCUAUGUAUUUUCUGUCAUAACACCUCAUAUCACCUUUUGUCUCCCCUGAACCUCUAAAAAUAUCAACAGUGAGACAUUUAGACAAGUUAGGGAGGUGAAGAGAGAGAGAGAGGUGAGAUGAAGUGACAUUAUUCCUGUCUCUCUCCCAGCUUAAACUUUCAAAAAUAUUUAUAAUGAGAAAUGUAGACAAGUUAGAGAGGUGUAGAGAGAUAGAGGUGAGAUGAAGUGACAUUAUUGUUUUGUUUCUUGCCUAACACCUUUCUCUCUCUCCUUCUCUUGGCCUCUGCCUCCUCAAAAAGAGCCUAUAUAAUAAUAAUAAUAAUAAUAAUUGAUGGUUUAUUGAUCAAGAAAGCUUUACAAAGUCAUUUAUAAAACGUCAUGUCUUGAUUUACAACAAGUGCGUAUCUAUUUAGGUAGCUACAUGAAAGGUAAAAUAAGCUCAAGAAGCUGCUAAAAUAAAUAUAAAACAUGUACAUAGGUAUUUACAAGGCAUUGAGUUUAGAGACAAUAUAUGGUAUUGGAGAGUUCUGGUAUCUUGAGGUCCUACACCUUACUGACUGCAAGAGUUGACUACCUCUCCUUGUUUCCCUACCAUGGACAUCAUGCAAGGUCUGUGGCAACAUAUUUCUGAGCUCGGGUGAGUUGAGCAGUCCCCGUCCAAAAUUUAUUGUUGCUGCUUCUCGUCGCUUGUGUAAUGAUUCUGUACCAAGUAAUUGCAAUGCAUGGUUGUAGUUCAGAUAGGCCUCACCCAAUAUGAUUCUAAAGCAACGCUUUUGAAGUUUUUCAAGUGAAUUAUGCUGUGCACGCGUGAGACCUGGGUGCCAUACAGGUGCAGCAUAUUCUAGGACAGUUCUUAUGUACCAUGUGUAUAGUAUGAACAUUACAUUUGGACUAAAAGAAAAUUGUCUUGCUCGAUAUAGGAUAAAAAGGAGACUGCUAGCUCUACUGACAAUGUGAGUGAUAUGAUCGUUCCAAGUAAGAUCUGAAUUAAUGUGAACCCCAAGUAGCUUGCAAGAGUGUACUAUCGGGAGUUCGUAUCCAUUUAAUUUAAGUAGUGGGAAGACGAUAGGUCUUUUGGGUGGGCACACAAUCAUUACUUCACAUUUAAGGGGGUUUGGGCACAUCUUAAUAACUUCACAAUCCCGAGCUAAUUUAUCCAAGGUAUUUUGCAUUGUGAAAGUUACUGUAUUUCUACAUCUACUAUUUCCAUUAUAGUUAAAUCAUCAACAUAUUUGACAUGAAUUGGGGAAUUUCUGCAUAGUCUGUUAAUAACAGCCAAGAAAAUAAUGGGACCAAGACGUGUCCCCUGAGGUACUCCACAUGUUAUCAUAUCAUAAUCAGAAAUAAUAUCAUCAUAUCUAACCCUAUGUUUUCUGUUUGAUAAAAAGUUUGCCACAAACAUGAGCAAUGAAGGUCUACAUCCUAAUAAAAAUAGUUCUGUUAAAGCUACAGUAUGAUAUAUUAAUGAACUGGUGAUGGUACAGGCCUAUAAUACCUUGUAACAACAUUUCAUCAUAAAAUCUGCCAACGCUGGUUCAAUUAUAAUCAUUGUCAUUGCUCAUGCUAAGCUUAUUAUUAUUAUUAUUAUUAUUAUUAUUAUUAUUAUUAUUAUUAUUAUUAUUACUAUUACUAUUAUUAUUAUCAUGUCAUGCAUUAGUGUUUUCAUUUGUUUCCUGCGCUGUCAUUGGUGCAGGAAAUAUCAUGAUGUUUUGGUUGCAAGAGUCCAUGUAUAUAUAGAUUGAGCCAUCGUAUUCAUGUUUAUCAUUGUGUGGUGUUGUAAAUAUACUUUAUCUGUAAAUAAAAAAUGUAUCCUAU